AUGACGCAUGUUCCACAGCCUUCUGGGAAAUGUAGUUUAUUUCCUCCCCCAGCUACGUCAAGAUCUAGGGUUAGUGACUACCACUCCCGUGAGGAGGUGCGUAAUUCCACUCCGCGGCGUCUUCGAACGCGCCGCGGCAGCCAUGUUGGAAGUGGUCAGCACAGGGGCCGGCACCAGGGGGUUAUCGAAGCAGCUGUCACGAUGCUGGGGUCCCUGGUGUCGAAGAGAACAGCGCCGGCGCCGCGGCUCCUUCUCCAGCUGCUUAGGUCCCCAUCGCUCCGGAGCCACGAAAGUGCCACCGGCCGGAGUGUGACCACCGGGGGCCGCGGGGAGCCUCAGUGGCUGAGGGCGGCCGUCGGGGGGCGCCAAGGAACGUCGCCGGCCCUACUCACCGGAGGAGGGGCAGCCUCUGGAGGGCGCCAGAGAGGAUAUACCGAGACCCCCUGCCUUGCAGCUGCCACGUGGGGACGCCUUCCCAGCCCCGAAGACACACUGCCUGGGCAGGACAGCUGGAAUGGAGUCCUCAGCAGAGCCGGAUUGGGCGUGUGGGCCCUGGCCACAGCGCUGGUGGUUCAUUGUUACAGCAAGAGCCCGUCCAGCAAGGAUGCAGCCCUGAUGGAAGCUGCUCGAGCCAACAAUGUCCAAGAAGUCAGCAGGUGA